AUGAAGUCUUUCCAGUUCUCCGUCCUUGCGGCCCUGGCGGCCACGCAGGCCAUGGGCCAUGCCACCUUCCAGCAGCUCUGGAUCAACGGCGAGGAUCAGAUGAGUCUUGUCGUCCCCGUGACGGACGUCUCAAGCAACGCCGUCCGCUGCAACGCAAACCCGGCGGCGGCCAAGGGCAAGUGCGGCGUCUCAGCCGGCGACACGGUCACCGUCGAGAUGCACCAGCAGCCCAACGACCGGAGCUGCGCCAACGAGGCCAUUGGCGGCAACCACUUUGGCCCCGUCAUGGUCUACCUGACAAGGGUCGACGACGCCGCCACCGCGGACGGGUCGACCGGCUGGUACAAGAUCUACGAGGACAGCUGGGCCAAGAACCCGAGCGGCUACUCGGGCAGCGACGACUUUUGGGGUGUCAAGGACAUGAACAAGUGCUGCGGCCUCGUCGACGUGCCCAUCCCCCAGGACACACCCGCCGGCGACUACCUCCUCCGCGCCGAGGUCAUCGCCCUGCACGUCGCCGGCGGCGUCGGCGGCGCCCAGCUCUACAUGAGCUGCUACCAGCUCACCGUCGACGGCAACGGCAACGCGUCCCCCGCGACCGUCCAGUUCCCCGGUGCCUACUCGGCGCAGGAUCCGGGUAUUCUGUUCAACAUGUACGCACCCGUGAGCAGCUACAAGGCGCCCGGUCCGGCUGUCGUGUCUGGCGGGACGACCAAGACGGCGGGCUCCGGCUGCACUGGAUGCGAGGCCUCGUGCCACGCAUAA